GCGCCACAGAAACCAUUGGUAUCUGUGUGGUCACGUGGGUCAGCCUCGAUGCCCUUAUGCGGGAGGCGGAAGGCGCGCACCUGUGAGCUGACGUCACGACCUCAACGUACCUGCAGCCACUCAUCUCUUUGAGCAACGAGCAAACCCCUCGGAACUCUCUGAAGUCUGUCACGGUCCAUUGAAACUUCUCUCCGUAGACACGGACGCUCUCUGAGGUGGGAUAUACUUUCAUUUUGGUCGUCGUCGCGAGCAGGGGGACAUUUUGGGGAUCGGCAAGAAGAUGGGGGCCGCCAGGUUCGCGGUGUCGGGGACUUUCUUCGCCCUGCUUCUGGCUUUAGUUUGGUGUGAGGAGCAAUCAUGUGUACCCGGAUUUGGGUCAGACAUGAAGGUUUUCAAAGUGAGCAGACGACAGCUAAGACGGGGCGCAUUGCUGGGCAAAGUGGACUUCACUGACUGUUCGGGCCGCAGCAGAUUUCCUUUCAGCAGUGAUGACACACGUUUCACGGUCCGGACUGAUGGGAUCUUGAUGGUAAACAGACCGGUUUCUCUUCGUGGCAAAAUUGAAUUUUUGAUCCACACGUGGGACUCGGAAGGGCGCAAGAUGACUCUUCCUUUGAGGGUACUGUAUCACAACCACCAAGUCGCUGAGCACGUGGGAGAGGAGGACCCUGCCAGGGAUGCAGAGGCAGCAGAUGAUUCAGACGUGCCCGUUUUGCGUUUUCCAAAUGCUAACAGCGGCUUGAAGAGGAGGAAGAGAGACUGGGUUAUCCCUGACAUUAAUGUUGCUGAGAACGACAGAGGUCCUUACCCCCUCAAAGUAUCCCAGAUUCGCUCCAACGAAGACAAACUGAAGAAGAUUUACUACAGCAUCACCGGUCCGGGAGCUGAUCAGCCUCCUGUUGGACUUUUUAACAUGGACAGAGACACGGGUAAUCUUUACCUGACAGAACCGCUGGACAGGGAGAAGCAGUCCAAGUACUUGUUUCAAGCGCACGCUGUGGCGGACGGUUCAGGAAAUGCUGAAGAGCCCAUGGAGAUUAUCGUGAAUGUCAUCGAUCAGAACGACAACAAACCUGUUUUUACAAAUGACACGUUCGUCGGGGAAGUAGCUGAGGCAUCGCCGAAAGGUUUUGAGGUGAUUAAAGUGGUUGCCACCGAUGCGGACCAGCCAAACACAGACAACUCUGAUAUCCGUUACCGCAUUAUCAGUCAAGUGCCGGAGCUGCCCAGAGCUGGUCUUUUUGUCAUCAAUCCAGUGACUGGAGCCAUCAGAAUCAAUGCGGGUGGCUUAGACAGAGAGAAAUAUCCAAAGUACACACUGGUGGUACAGGCAGCUGACAUGGUGGGUGAAGGCUUGACUGGGCAGGCCAACGUCAUCCUCACUGUGACAGACAGCAAUGACAACGCUCCGGUGUUUACUCAGAACUCUUACGACGCAUCCGUGGCAGAAAACAAAGUGGACGCUGUCGUCGUUAGGAUGUCUGUAACGGACGGAGACGAGCCACAUUCUCCAGCCUGGAACGCCAAGUUCAGGAUUGUUGAUGGUGAUCCCGGAAAGUUUUUCUCUGUAAAAACCAGCGGCAACAAGAAUGAGGGCAUCAUCACGACUGUCAAGGGCCUGGACUUUGAGAAGAGUGGCAAGCACACUUUGCUGGUCGCUGUGGAGAACGAAGUGCCGUUCGCCACGCCCUUGCCCACUGCCACUGCGACCGUGGUGGUAACAGUGCUCGACGUAAACGAGGCUCCGGUCUUUGAUCCGGUGCAGAAACUUGUGUCUAAACGCGAAGACCUUCCCAUCGACGCUGAUGUGGUGCAGUACACCGCGUCGGACCCCGACAUCGCACGCAAGCAGAAAGUCAUGUAUAAAAUCAUUAGCGACCCCGCAGGCUGGUUGAACGUGGCCAAAGAGACGGGUCUGAUCACGGUGAAGACCCCCAUGGACAGAGAAGCCAUCUUUGUCAAGGACAACAAAUACACUGCACUGAUUGGCGCGUAUGACAACGAUGAAGUCCCGGCCACUGGAACGGGCACGCUGAUGAUCGUCCUCGAGGACGUUAAUGACAACGCACCCACAAUCGAGGAGCGUUCCUUCACGGUGUGCAACAAAAAGUCAGCUCCUCAGGUUCUGUCUGUAACGGAUAAAGAUGGACCUGGUUUUGCUGGUCCUUACCGAGUCGCCUUAGAGGGCUUGUCCAAAAACAACUGGACGGUGAAAAUGAACGACUCCAAAACGGGAAUCAUCUUGAAUUUGGCCACGGAGUUGGCAAGUGGGGAGUACAUGGUGGUUCUACGGGUGGCGGACAACCAGGGUCUAGAGCAGGACAGCACCGUUCAGGCCAAAGUGUGCGACUGCACCGGAGAAGAAGUGGUCUGCAAGGGCCGUGUGGCGGGCGGCACGGACUUGCCAGUUAUCCUGGGAAUACUGGGAGGAAUCCUCUUGCUUCUCUUGCUGCUGCUCCUGCUGCUGAUGUUCGCAAGGCGCAGGAGGGGAGAGCACAAGGAGCCUCUGCUGCAGGACGACGAUGUCCGAGACAACAUCUACUACUACGAUGAAGAGGGAGGUGGGGAGGAUGAUCAGGACUAUGAUCUCAGCGUCCUCCACCAAGGCCUGGACAACCGCCCUGAGGUUUUCCGGAACGAUGUGGUGCCCAACUUCCUGCCGGCCCCGCAGUACCGACCUCGUCCUGCCAACCCGGAGGAGAUCGGCAACUUCAUUGACGACAACCUGAAGGCAGCCGACAACGACCCGACGGCCCCCCCGUACGACACCCUGCUGGUGUUUGACUACGAGGGAGGGGGCUCCGACGCGGGAAGCUUGUCGACUCUCAACUCAUCCAGCAGCGGAGACCAGGACUAUGACUGUCUGAGCGAGUGGGGGCCUCGCUUCAAAAAGCUGGCAGACAUGUAUGGGGGGGGGGAAGAGGACGACAUGCUGUAACACGUGCACGCAGCGCACGAAACAUGGACGGGGAGAUUUGUGUCAGCGGAUGAUUUGCACGCUGCGGCUCAAAGGCAAAAGGACGUUUCGGCAUUUUUGAUUUGUUUCUCUAACUUAAUUUUCAUAUUUGCCAAUUUCAGUGCUUACGCUUCCAAUUUCCUUCUGUUUUUCUAAAAUUGUUUUAGUUGAGCUUUUAGCCGAGGUUCUUCCUGGUCCGGUGAUACGUUGCAUGUGUUUAUUGAUACAACCGUUUGUGUUGUCACACGUUUUUUUUAUGUAAUACCACUCAGAUGUUUGAAUAAUAAAGUCCUACACUUCUGACUUGAA